GAUUGUGAGCUCACCUGAGCAGUGGGCAGCAAAAGCUCCUUUGGACUGCCUGGGAGAACCUGGCUCUUCCCCUGCUGCUUGCAUGCCUGCCCUUCCCCAAGGGCUGUCCUUGGCAGCAGCCACAAGCACCAACACAACCCUUCUGACAGCUGGAGGUGAUCUUUCUGCAGGAGGUCCUGAUAUCCUCUGCCAUCCAAAGGCUUUUGCUCUGCACCUGGGAGGAGCAAUGGCCACAACAGGGAGGGACUUCUUUGAGUAACAUUUUCCCCAGCUGGCUUGGACUUUGUGAAUGACCACGGACCACGGACAUGGCCACUGCUCCAUCCCUCAAUGCUGAUGUGCUGACAGCCUGGAGUGAAUUCUGGAACAUUCCCUGAGAGCAGCCAGACCCAGUGCUUGGCGAGGGGAUGACUCCACCACGGAAGAGCCUUUAUAGCCCAGAUAAGAUUUGCAUGGACUGGCGGCAGAGGCGCAGGCCUGGAGCAGGACUGCACAACCUGGGCAGCACCUGCUACCUGAAUGUCAUCCUGCAGUGCCUGACCUACACUGCUCCUCUGGCCAACUACCUGCUGUCCAGGCAGCACAGCCGCUUCUGCCGCCGGCAGGGUUUCUGCAUGAUGUGCAUCAUGGAGGUGCACGUUCGGAAGGUCCUGUUCUCCUCAGCCACUGCCAUCCGCCCCAGGGCUGUCAUCAGGGACCUCAAAUUCAUAGGAGAGUUUAAGCCUGACUACCCAGGAGACGCCUACGAGUUCUUGCGCUGCACUGUCAAUGCCAUGCAGAGAGCUUGUCUGAGUGGAAGCAGAGACUCGGACUCCUCUUCCCGAGAAACUACAAUCAUCCAUCAAAUAUUUGGGGGCUUUCUGAGAUCCAGAGUCACAUGCCUGGGCUGCAAAACAGUUUCUGAUUUCUUCAGGGCCUUCCGGGAUGUCCUUCUGAAAAUCAAGGGAGCUUUGUCCCUCACCACAGCUCUGGAGCACUUUGUGGCACCCAAGCAGACAGAAGGGAGAAAAUGCUUCAAAUGUAGGAAGUGCAAGAAGAAGGUUGCUGUCUCCAAGGUGGUCACAGUGCACCGUGCACCCAGGAUCUUCACGGUGUGCCUGGGCAGGGCUGACGAUGGCACCAGCAGGAAGCUCAGCCAGGUUGUGGAGUACCCAGAGUGCUUGGAUCUCCGUCCCUACACGUCUGACCCCGACAGAGAGCCCCUCCUCUACUCCCUGUACGCUGUGGUGGUGCACAGCGGCCACACCUGCCUUGGAGGACACUUCUUCUGCUACAUCAAGGCCAGCGAUGGGCAGUGGUACAAGAUGAAUGAUAUGUCUGUGGAGAGCUGUGACCUCCACACAGUCCUGGGGCAGCAAGCCUAUUUGCUGUUCUAUGCCAGGUGCUUCAAUUCACAAAGCAAAGAAAUGGCUUCUCCAACACUCCCUCCCUUCCUCGAUCAGGGGGAGUCCAGCAGCCAGGCAGGCUCUGCACGACCACAGACUCUGCCUGGCAGGAUCAGGGUGCCAAAGAGCAGGAAGAGCAGUGCCAGGGAGAGGGACAGGGAGAGGAGCAGGUCCCCACAGUGGGGCAACGAACGCCACAGAUAUUUCAUCAACUCCAACUACAGCAGCUCAGCAGGGAGGAGGAGGAAGAGAGCCAGUCCUCCGGAGCAUGACAACACCCACAGGGAUGCCACAGCCCCAGGGCCCUCCAGCAGGAGCUUCCAGCACGCUGCAGCACACAGGGCUGCUUGGGAACAGCCCCUGCCGGGAGAGGGGCUGCAGGGCAAACCCUCCCAGCUGGGCUGCAGCCUCUGCAGACAGCUCGAGAAGAUCAGGAGCCACCACCAGGCACAAAGCAAGAGGAGGAAACUCUCAUUUGGAGCCUACAAGCAGAAGAGCCAAACCUAUAAUUAAAACCCCUUCUUGGCCUCCCAUGG